CCUCCGGGCAUCUCGAGUGCUGCUGGUGGGCAUGAAAGGCCUGGGAGCAGAAGUGGCCAAGAACCUCAUCCUGGCAGGGGUCAAAGCCGUGACCAUGCUUGACCAUCAGCAGGUUGCAUGACAGAAUUCUCACUAGCCCUCCUGGUGCUGCGGUUUGCCUGUCUGGGGGCCUGGGAUUUUUCCCGGCUCUGAAUUCAUCCCUGUCCUCAAGAGCCAUCCAUCUGGAUGACAAGGUAUGAGGUGGCUCCUGCUUCUCUGCUUCUCCUGCUCCAGGUGACAGCAGAAGAUAUACAGGCCCAGUUCCUAAUCCCUGUGGGCUCGUUGGGAAAGAACCGGGCAGAAGCUUCUCUGGCACGUGCUCAGGACCUCAAUCCCAUGGUCGAUGUGAAAGCAGACCCCGAGGAUGUGGCGCAGAAGCCGGAGGAGUUCUUCACUCGUUUUGACGUGGUGUGCCUGACAUGCUGCUCCCAGGAGGUCCUUGUGAAGGUCGACCAAAUUUGCCACAAGAACCACAUCAAAUUCUUCAUGGGCGAUGUAUUUGGUUAUCGGGGCUGCAUGUUUGCCGAUCUGGGCAAGCAUGAAUUUGUGGAAGAGAAGACGAAGACCGUGAGGGCCAGUCCGGGAGCAGAGGAUGGGCCUGAUGCGAAGAAAGCCAAGCUGGAUUUGGUGGAGACCACCCUGGCGAAGAAGUGCGUGGCGUUCUGCCUCCUGGAAGAGGCCCUGAUGGUCUCCUGGAGCAGCGAGAAGGCGAAGGCCGCUCUGAAGCGCACCACCGCAGAUUACUUCCUGCUCCAAGUGCUCCUGAAAUUCCGCACAGAAAAGGGUCGAGAUCCUUUGCUGCAGAGCUACACGGAGGAUGCAGAGGUGCUCCUGCAGCUCCGGAACGAUGUACUGGCUUCUCUGAGUGUUGGGACUGAGCUACUCCCCGAUGACUUUGUCAGCCACUGCUUCUCAGAACUGGCUCCCGUCUGUGCUGUAGUUGGAGGGGUGCUCAGCCAGGAGGUUGUCAAGGCCCUGUCUCAGCGGGAUUCCCCCCUCAACAAUUUCUUCUUCUUCGAUGGUAUGAAGGGCAACGGGAUUGUGGAGUGCUUGGCUCCCAGCUGAGCUCAGGCAAGGAGCCUCCAGGCGGCUCACGGCCACGUGGCCUUUGCCAGGCUCCCUUUGCAGCAUCCUGUGGCCUUGACAAACUGAAAUUUGGGUCCAGAUUAUCUUGCGGAGGUUGAGCUUCACUCCGCUGCCUCUUGUUUCCUUCGUGCUCAAUAAAGUCCUCUUUUAGUAA